CAUAAAUUCAAUGAUGAAUUAUUUACAUUCAUGGAAGCUUUAACUAAGCAUCAUUUUAAAAUAUAUACCCAUAUUUCAGCAGUUUUGGUGCUUAACCUUUAUAAACAAAACCCGCCUUUCAAAAUGGACGUGAUAAGGUCCGUCAUAAGAGCGCAAAAGUUAUUCAUCGACCAACUGCCGUCUGCACUUUCACCCAGCACGCUCUGUGUCAGUGUGGUUCUGCAAGUACUGCAAAUAUUACAACAAUCGCUACAGAAACUACCUGCCACCACAGGUGGCAAUCGUUUGGUGGCAUUGAAGCACCUAAAUCACUAUACGUGGAAUUUAAAUGUGAACGAUAGGAAUGUGUUAUCCGAUAUACGUUCGCAAGCAAACGCCUUGCAGAAUCACAUGCUUAAUAAUGCCGAACAAGUAUGUUUAGAUACGUAUUUGAGCGCUUUGGGCGGAUACAAAACAAACGCAAAGAAAAAAGCUUAAGGUGCAAAUGCGUUAUAUCAAGACAAGUAAACAAAGGAUGAAAAAUGCUGCUAAGAAAACUGCACUGCAGUGAAAUACU